GCAGGAGAAGGAGGUGGUGAUGUACUGUAGUUACUCCAACGCAAUUCGCAGAGGAGGAUGCAAUCUGGUGGUGCAACAGUCGCCGCUGGCGUUUCUUCGGUUGCUGUUGAUUUCUGUGCAGUCCGAGCGCUGGAGAGAGUGACACAAAGCCUUUGGCUCCUACCCUGGACUAUAGCGCCUGGCACCGGGGGGUUGAUAGUGGCUGGCACGGAGAGGAGAGGAGGGGAAGCCGGAAGGCAGGGGGUUAAUCCCGCCGCUCCAGCUCCAGCUUCUCCUGUGGGGAAGGCAACCAGAAGGGAAGGGGGCGGUGCCUCGCCCAGGAGCGCGGCACACCGCGCCGCAUCUCCCGUGCGCAUCUUGCAGGCGAGCGGCGGCGGCCCUGCUGCGCCCUGCUACAGCCGGUCGAGAUGAACGCGCCGGGGAAAGCGCGCCGCGAGCGAGGCAGCCUGGCCGAAUACGAGACCCAAGUGAAAGAAAUGCGCUGGCAGAUGGGGGAGCAAGUCCGAGGUCUUGACUCUCAGGCAGAGAGUCGACAGCAGUUGCUCCAAGAUGUGGCUGACUUCCUACGCCGGAAGGCUGAAGUGGAACAAGAAUAUUCCAGAGGACUGGAGAAAUUGUCUGAACGUUUCUCGGCUAAGAUACGUGGUUCCAAGGAGCAUCAGAAUUUCAGGAAGGACCAGAAUCUCCCUUCACCUUUGAAUUGCUGGUAUACAAUCCUCAAUCAGACACGGCAGGCAAGCCGGGAUCAUGGAGCACUGAGUGAAAUCUACACAGGGCAUUUGGUGCUUCGGUUGGUGCACAUCAGUGAGGAUGUGGGGCGAUUGGCCCGGAAAAGCAAAGAGAUGGAACAGCAGAUGCAGGAUGAGCUCCUGAAGGCAAUUUCAGAAUUGCAGAUGGCUAUGAAGUCAUACCAGACUUACCGCAUUGAUUGCCUGAACGCCGAGGCGAAGCUGCGUGAGGCUGAACGGCAAGAGGAGAAGCGCAGCGGCGGAAAGCAUUCAGAUCCUAGUGGAUCCCCGGGUGGGGCUGGACUUGACAAAACCCCUCGACGCACUUCACUUCGGAAGGUGGAGCGCCUCCUGGAAAAGAGACAAUCUAAAUUCCUGGAAAGCAAACUGAAAUGUGCCAAGGCUCGGAAUGAUUACUUGUUGAAUCUACAUACCGCUAAUUCUGCCAUGAGCAACUACUAUGUACGCGAUGUUGCCGACCUGCUAGAUUGUUUUGACCUUGGCUUCCACCUGUCACUGGGCAAAGUACUGAGGACCUACCUCGCUGCAGAGUCACGGGCCCAAGCCUCUUGGCAACAGGGCUUGUGUGCCAUUGAAGGGGCGGUUGAUGCUUUAGAUCCAUUGGGAGAUAAGUCCAGGAUGAUGGAGGCCAACCCCGCAGCCUAUUGCCCUCCUCUGUCCUUUGACUACCAGCCUCAUGAAGGUGAUGAGGUAUCUGAAGUCCGGGCUGAGGGUCCACUGAGAAAUGAACUGGUUUCCCGUUUCCAGCACAUCCAGUCCCGUCUCAAUUCCAUUACCCUGGAGACAGAUGAAGUCAACAAGACUCUGAAAGCCACUCUGCAAAGUCUGAUAGAUCUUUUGACAGCAGAAGAGCCAGAAGCACUUGAUGCCUUUCAAGGCUGUCAGUCUACAGAGUCACUCAAGUCCACAGGUUCUGAUGCUGGCGGGAAGCAGGCAUUGGCAAAACGCCGGGCCAAUCAGCAGGAUACAGAAAGCUUCUAUAUCAUGAAAUUCAAAGAAUAUCUCUCUGGACGAAGCAUUCAAACAAAACUGCAAGCAAAGCAUGACCAGAUGAAGGAAGCGAUAGAAAAAGGUGCUGCCGUGGAUAGAGAAUUAGCCAGGCCACAGUCCCAGCGCAUCCGGCGGUCCCGCCCUCCCUCGCGCUGUCAUCACCAGCUCUUCGAGGGUGACCUACAGGCCUUCUUGGAGGCCUCAGGCCAAGCAGUGCCCCUUGUGGUGGAAAGCUGCAUCCGCUUCAUCAAUCUCCAUGGCCUCCAACAUGAAGGUAUUUUUCGUGUGCCUGGAUCUCAAGCACAAGUAGCAGAGAUCAGGAAUGCCUUUGAGAAAGGUGAGGACCCCUUAGCAGAUAGCUAUGUACAGCAUGACUUGGAUUCAGUGGCUGGAGUGCUGAAAUUGUACUUUCGGGGACUGGAAAAACCUCUCUUCCCUUAUGAUAUUGUUCCUGAGCUGCUGGCCACAGCCCAUCUGGAGCCUUUAGCUGAUCGCAUCUCGCUCCUCCGGGCUCUCAUUUCCCAGCUUCCAUCUGUAGUACUGGUGGUUCUGCGGUACCUUUUUGCUUUCCUCAACCAUUUAUCUCAGUACAGCGAUGAGAAUAUGAUGGACCCCCACAAUUUAGCUGUCUGCUUCGGCCCCACCCUGGUGACGGUACCUGCGGGCCAGGAUGCCGUGUCGGUGCAGCCUCACAUCAAUGAGGUGGUAAAGUGCCUGAUCGUCCAUCAUGAAGCCAUCUUUCCUGGAGCUAAUCAGCUGCCUGGGCCCCAGUAUGAAAAAGUCAUGGCUCUGGCCGAAGAGGAAUACUGUGAUGUCUUGCCCCUGGAGACUACAGCAGAAGAGCCUGAGACUGAGGGGACCCCAGAAACUCCAGCAAGUGAAGAUGAAGGAGACUCCCAAUCAGAAGCUGUGCCCCGCUCUGGUCCCAUAGCUCAACCUGAAGAGCGGUUUGUACGAGGAAUCCCAGUUGGCUGGCGACGAGGUGAACGUGGUGGCAACCGGGGAUUAAUACCACCCAUUGUCUUACCAGACAGUGAAAAACAAUCUAACACCCGCAGUUCCAGGUUAGAGAUUGAUACUGGACCAUCCCUGGAGGAACCGCUCCCUGAACCCACUAGCAGGCUGCGUGUCAAUUCAGAUGUGAGUCGCCAGCGUGGAGGAAGCAGCCCUAUUCGCAAGUUGGCAUCACCAUUCAUGGAUGGGGGCCGCCUGCCCUUUCCCAUCCUACAACCAACCCAGGCCAAGACCUUUCACCCUGUUGAGAGGCCAGACCGCUGGAACGAAGUUUCUCCACGGACCUGGGCUGGCAAUAAUUUUGAAAGACAGGGACCAGUGGAGAAACGGGUAGAGGUAGAUCGGGAGGUUGCCAGGAAUAUGGAUUCUGUGUUCAAAGAACUUCUUGGGAAAACUACUCUGAAGCACACAGGGAUUUGUGACCCUCCCAAUCAUUCUGAACCCCCAAAGAGCAAUUCUUUGGCUAAGAAGGGUAUCGCCCCUGCCAAGCCAGCCCCUUCAAACAGGGCGCUUCUGCGGGGCAAAGGGGUCUUCAAGUCUUUGGGAAAUGGAGAGUGAGUCAAACUUGACAUGGGGAAAAGCACCCCCAGUAUGACUUGCCCAAUACUGUGGCUACCCUCCUCCUCCUUCCUUCCUUCCUGUUCCGGAUACCAACUCAGGGCAGUUGUGUCUUGCUCUCUCCUGGUGGGGGGUGGGAAGGGCGGGUGAUGUAAGAUUAUCAGCAUUUGUGUUCCGACUUCCAAGCCAAAUGUUGAAGAUGCAUUUGCUGUUGGGCAUCUUCCUGCAUUGGAGGUGCAUCUGAAGGAUUUCAUGUUGUGGAUGUGACUGGGGCUAAAACAUACAGCUCCCAUCAGGAUGGUCCUGGACCCAACACCCAGACCAGUUGUUCCUUUGUCACAAACAGUUUGCACUUGGAUCUUCAUGUGGAAGGGAUGCAUGGGGGAGGGAAUGUGCCAAGAUUCCUGGACUUUGUUCUUGGCCUUGGGAAGGGAAUCAUGUCUAGUGAGUUAUGGUGCCAGAGGUUGAAAGGGAGGGCAUUGUUUUGUACGUGUGUUAUUCUCUUCCUGACGUGCUUCACACUAGCCUUCACCAUCUCUCCUUCCUUCCUCGACUCUCAACCCCGGCAAUGUAUCUCUUGUUGCUUUAAACAUUUGUCUGAAUUUAAAACUCUUUCCACACAUGCUACUUGGUACAGCCUCAUCCAACCCUGCACGCAUCACCCUCCUACAUUGGGGCAAUAAGUAAGGGGACAUAUUUGUGGUGGGGACUCAUGUGCCAAUUUUUCCCUCAUCAUCCAGUUUGUCUGCCCCCCCUUCCCUACCUUCUACUCCAACAUCAUCUUUUGUCUUUACUGCUCAGUAUUAAUCAGGGCUGCAUGUACUCUGUGCUUUAAAAUGCUGUGCAAAGUCAAGCUGAAUUCUGCAACCUGUGUAAAGUAUGCAACUUAAACUAGUAGAGAUUCUCUUCCAUAAUUUAUGUUGCCAACCUGACAACUGGAAAUCUGAUUUAAGGGUACCCUUGUGGUUCCAAACUUUCAGCAGGAAAUUAAAACCACACUUUUGAGCAUCACUUUAUAGACAUAAGGGCUAGAAACCUGCUCUUUUAUAUAUAUAAAAAUUUUAUAUAUAUAUAAUUUUUUUCACAUUCUCAGGAAGCAGAAUUCUGUGCCCAAUGCCACAUCCUGUGAGUUUCUUGCGAAUUACAGCAUAUGUACAGCCCUGGUAUUAGCUUGUCAUUAACAAAAAUGACUGUACUGUGAUCUUUCUAUACAGUCUGUUGAUUUCUGUCUCUU